UGUGCAGGAACACACUCCUGACUUUAGAUAUUACUUUCAGAUAAAAGUGAUCAACAUGAAUUAUUGAGUUCCAAAAAGUACACCACGCCAAAGUGUUAAGAGAUUAAAAAAGAAAAACAGAAUUUUUUUGGGGAGAAAGAUUUAUAUGUAGAGGCAGAAAUGAUCCAAAAGUUUGUGCCACCUGCCUGCCUUGCUCCGUCAGCUCCCGCUCUUGUUGUUUCUCCCUCCCCUCACAGUGUUGUGUUCCCAGACUGACGCAUCCGUGGACCCUCUGGCUCUGCUGCUUUCGUCAGUGACUUGGAGUGCUCUGACAACUUUGUGAACUCUUUGUGUUGGAGUGAGAACGCAGAGGCAGGAGAGCAGUUGAUGGGACGCAGUCUUUGCAGCAGCAGCAGAAGCAGGCUCCUCAGGAGACUGCAUCGGGUCUUCCAGCUGGAGUUAAUCCUCCUCUCCGGGCCAUGACAAGGCAAAGCCCCAGCUUUCUGACCCCCCUGGCUCUACUUGUACUCCUUGUGGGUUUUGCGGACCUUCAGCUUGGCUCUGUUGGUGCAGAUGAGGAUUACAAUGUGCAGGAGCUGCUGACAAGAAAAACAUUCAAUCAGGUUCACGAGUUGGAGAAGACUGCUUCUUCAAAGCCAGGUGAGCAUGAACAAGAAAGACAAAUUCCUGCAAAGAUUUCCAAAGAAAGGACACCACAAAGCACCAAGAAGGCCAAUAAAACCCCAACAGACACGAAAUCAGAAUGCCCUCCUAUGGGAUUGGAAUCGCUGAAGAUUGAUGAUUUCCAGCUUCAUGCUUCGUCUACGAAGCGCUACGGCCUCGGUGCACACAGAGGUCGCCUCAACAUUCAGGCUGGCCUUUAUGAAGAUGAUCUUUAUGAUGGUGCCUGGUGUGCGGGGAGAGAUGACCCUCUUCAGUGGUUUGAGGUGGAUGCCAGGAGGCUGACCAAGUUUACUGGGGUCAUCACACAAGGGAGGAACUCUCUUUGGUCGAGCGACUGGGUUACCUCAUACAAAGUUAUGAUCAGCAACGAUAGUCAUACCUGGAUGACGCUCAAAAAUGGCUCAGAUGACUUGAUAUUCAGGAGCAACAGAGAAAAAGAGAUUCCCGUUCUAAAUAUCUUCCCAACACCAGUUGUUGCUCGAUACAUCAGAGUCAACCCUCAAUCCUGGUUUUCCAGCGGCAGCAUCUGCAUGAGAGUGGAGAUCCUAGGCUGCCCUAUGCCAGAUCCAAACAAUUAUUACCACAGACGCAACGAAGUCAUAACAAGUGAUGACUUGGACUUCAGGCAUCACACCUACAAAGAAAUGAGGCAGCUCAUGAAGGUGGUUAAUGAAAUGUGCCCCAACAUCACGCGCAUUUACAACAUAGGAAAGUCUCAGGGGGGGCUUAAACUGUAUGCCUUUGAGAUCUCAGACAACCCAGGAGAACAUGAAGUGGGUGAGCCAGAGUUUCGUUACACAGCUGGUUCCCAUGGUAACGAGGUGCUGGGACGGGAGCUGCUUCUCCUUCUGAUGCAAUUCAUGUGUCUUGAGUAUCUGUCCGGCAACCAGCGAAUACGUCACCUGGUGGAAGAGACCAGAAUCCAUCUAUUGCCGUCUGUCAACCCCGAUGGCUAUGAGAAAGCCUUUGAAGUGGGUUCAGAGCUCAGUGGCUGGUCUCUGGGUCGAUGGAGCAACAAUGGAAUUGACAUUCACCACAACUUCCCUGAUCUCAGCUCUGUUCUGUGGGAAGCAGAGGCCAAGAAACUGAUUCCUCGCAAAAUGUUCAACCACCAUGUCCCCAUUCCAGAAUGGUACCAGUCACAGAACGCCUCAGUUGCCUUGGAGACGCGAGCUUUGAUGGCAUGGAUGGAGAAAAUGCCCUUUGUGUUGGGUAGUAACCUCCAGGGAGGCGAGCUGGUGGUGACCUUCCCGUAUGACAGAACUCGCUCCCCGGGGGUGACCAGGGAACAGACCCCCACCCCCGAUGACCACAUCUUCCGCUGGCUGGCCUUCUCCUAUGCGUCCACCCACCGCCUGAUGACUGAUGCUAGCCGAAGGGUCUGUCACACAGAAGACUUCGCCAAGGAGGAUGGCACCAUCAACGGAGCAUCAUGGCACACUGCAGCUGGCAGUAUGAAUGAUUUUAGCUACUUGCACACCAACUGCUUUGAGCUGUCGAUGUUUGUGGGUUGUGACAAAUUCCCUCAUGAGAAUGAGCUGCCGGAGGAGUGGGAGAACAACCGAGAGUCUCUUCUGGUUUUCAUGGAGCAGGUGCACCGUGGGAUCAAAGGUGUUGUGAGGGACCUGCAAGGUCGUGGACUAGCCAAUGCCAUCAUAUCUGUGGAAGGCAUCAACCAUGAUGUUCGCACAGCUGCAGAUGGUGACUACUGGCGCUUGUUAAACCCUGGAGAGUACAAAGUAACAGCCAGAGCCCAUGGCUACGCUUCUGCCAGUAAGAAGUGCGAGGUUGGCUAUGAGAUAGGCGCCACCCGGUGUGACUUCAAAAUAGGCCGGCCCAACUUGUCACGAAUCAGAGAAAUUAUGGAAAAAUUUAACAAGCAGCCCAUCAAAUCGCAGGUGAGGCAACUUCAAACACACAGGUCUGGAGAGAGACUUUUAGGAACAUAAUGGUUGUAUGAGGGAGAAGAAUUCAAUGCAAAUAUCUGCGCUGAUCUGAUCAGUCUGGGGUUUAGGACAUGCCUGGGUUUGGAACUGGCUAAGAAUCUGUUUGGGGGUUUUCUCUGAGAAAAUACUGUUGGACCCUGGAAACCUGGAUAAUUUCCAACCAUUACUGGAAUUUAGGUUCUGUUUGGUUUUCUCUUUAGAUGUUUGCUGAAUUGUAGUAAAAUAUUUCAAAAAAACAUUUAAACAUUUUAUAACAUCAGACCAAAAAUGUUUUUCUACAUACAGUACAUGUCACAUUUUCCGUUUGAAAUUGAACAAUGACAUUUUAUUGCACUUGCAAAAUACUACAAAAGACUAUAUUGUUUUCAAACAUUUUUGGUCCAUUUUAGCUGAUAUAUCUAUUUUCUAAAUAAACACAAUUAUUGCUGUACUUCUUUUCAUAUUGGUUAAAAUGAUAACAAACCUGCAUUGGGCAAUUCUAUACACAGCCAUGUGCAAAGAACUCCCAAAACUCUUUGACAAUAAUAAAACACUACAAUGUUUGUUUUAGUUUUAUGACUGAUUAAAGUUUUCCAGAACUUGUA